CUGUUUCCCUCAGAAAGGUACGUGCUCUUUUGGAGGAGACGUCAUACUUGCAAACCACAGCUGAUUAGAAAGCCGCUACGACAUUUGGGGGAUCGUCCGGGAUUGUCUACUUGAGGAAUUACUGUGAGACGUCCUCUCCGGGUAAACUGUGCACAGCCAGUGACUUGGUCCUGGAGGCAAACCUCUCCCUGGAGGAAAGUAACUGAUCGCAGGGAAGAGCAGAAGCCGCCUGAAGAGAGGGGGAUCACAGUCUUUCUCGGUACGAAAUUUUUCCAAGGGAAUAAUAAUUUGUUUUCAAAAAGAGGAGAAAAGGUGAGAGCACAAUAUUUGUAUUGAAAGGAACAAUUCAAAGUUAACUGGCUGAGGGCUGACGAGCAAAUACAUUUUUGGUACAUUAAUCGAGUGUAAGACAAAACAGUUUUGGUAACUGUUUAGACAAAACAGUUUUGGUAACUGUAGCAGUUUUGGUAACUGUUUAGAAAGCGCUAUAUAGAAGAGUUAUUGAUGGUGUUUGGUACACACAAUAAUUCACGACGUCAAAACAGUUUUGGGAACUGUAGCAGUUGUGGUAACUGUUUAGAAAGCGCUAUAUAGAAGAUAAAGGCCUAUGAGGAAUAUAUAUAUUAAGUGAUCACGCGUAGUAAUUAUAGUUAUAAGAAAAUUAAGAUAAUCUUGAGUAAAAAUGUGUAAUUUCAAUAUAUGUAUGUUUUUAACCUAAGUAAACACAUUUCAGGUGUUGUUUACUGAUUUCCUGUAUUUUAAAGUGGGAUUUUUUGUUGUUUUGGGCAAUAUAUUUCUAUAUUUCUAAAUACAAAAAAUUAAAGAUGGGAAAGUCAAAUAGCAAAAAGGUAAUUUUGGAGUAUGAAGGGUGUGCAAAGGUAAUGUGCAACAAGCAUGGUGCUUGGACAUGUACAUAUUUAAAUGUGUGGGUGAAAAAUGGUUUUCCUGACAAUGGCAGUUUAAGUCUAAAUCAGUUAGAAAAAUUAAGACAGGGUUUAGAAAAAGUAGAGAAGAAACACACAAAAAGAAAUAUGGGUUGGAAGGCAUUUGGAAUGUGGAAAACGGAGGCCAUGAUCCGGGAAAAUCAGAAAAAUAAGGGAGAACAGGGGGGUGGUGUAAUUAAACCUCAGUGUGCUAGAAUCCCUUUAGGCAAAGUCGAUGGCGAUCUGGACUGUCCCUCUGGUUGUCAAAUUCAGGCCCCCGACCUGCCUGAGCUGGACGCACCAGGCCCUCACCGAGUUCUCCAUUCUCCUCCACCGUACGAUGAACAAAGAGUGGAACAGACGACUGCAAAGCUGUAUCCAGACCUGCCUUCCCCCACGGCCCAACCGGUGGCGUCCAGAACCAGACAACAGGCGGAGAGGGAUUUUUUUGUUACCAGCCCCACAGCAAAAGGGUGCAAAGCUCCAUUGGAGCCACAAGCUUCAGUACCAGAGCAUACAUUAAACCCGGAAGGACCAUCUUCAAGUUGGGCAACAGUACAGGACAUGAAAGACAGUUGCAUCUUGAUGCCCAUGGUGGAAGUGCCAAAUCCUAGGGGAGAUGCAAAUGAUCCACAAAUCAUGUAUGUUUUCCGCCCCUGGUCUCCAGGGGACAUGAAGGAUGUUAUAAAUGACCUGCCAAAUCCUGUGGAGAGCGGAGGAGUGGAGUUUGGGGCUCAACUGCUUGAACUCAUACAGCAACACCGCCCUUCCCUGAGAGAACUUGAGAGACUUUUAAUAGGCAAGCUGAAGUUGAAAUGGGGAGCAGUGAAAGGAGAUUGGCCUGGUGUGGAUCACAGAUAUGACUGGGCCAAUGCUGCUCCAUAUCGACUGAAAAUUAAUGGAUUAAUUCAGAGACUUGAAAAUUACUACCAGAAACGGAUGGACUGGGGAAAAGUUAAAGACUGUGCCCAGAGGGUGGGUGAGUCUGUUACUGACACAGCGGGAUGGUGCGUCCUCCUGGUGACAAUGACAGUCCAUAUGAACAGCAGGAAAAAAACAUGCCUUAUGGAGGGCUUGUUGCCCGAAAUUAAGAAAUAUGUUCAAAAACACUGCAUUGAACUAGAAAGAGGAAGAUUGGAGCCUGUCCUCACCUAUGCCCGCCAUGCUGAAAAGGUGAUGAACAAUGCUAAUGAAGAAUUAAAGACAAUUAAGAAUAAGAUGGGAGAGCGUUUGCAGAUGGCACAACUCCAAGCUUAUGAGCAGCAGAUUAACAGGGGCAGAGGGAAACGCAGAGGUGGAUAUCGAGGCAGAGAAAGAGCACCCAGUAGAGGAAAAGGCAGAGGUUACGAACAAAGGGGAUGUUUUCGGGGUGGUUCAUUUGAACAUCGGAUCAAAGACUGUCCAGAAGAGGAGGAGGAGGAGAUGGAUGACGAGUGGCAACAUGGUCCAGAAGAAGGUGUAACAGUUUCACACCCGCAAGGCCGAAAAGCAACAGGAGGUCGAGGACAAAGGGGUUUAUGACAACUGGAGGAGACAGGAAGGGAACUGGAAAUGAGUGAGUUUGGCACAUAAACACACUUACUCACUAAUGCACACAAAAAGGGACCACAUUAAAGAACUUGAACUGGCUUGUUAAAUAUAAAACAUUGUUUUAUUCUGCAAGCAUUGAGCAAUCAAGCAAGUAAAUUACAAAUAGCAGAAAAGAGGAUAUUAUUUAAAGUAAAAUGAGAAAAUAAACUUAAAACACACUGUAGGCACUGUAGGAGUACAGGGUAGAACACAUUCUUUGAUCUUUUCUCAUAUUGACCAAUUAUUCUUUUAUUCAUGUGUGAACUUGGAAGUGUUUUAAUUUGUAAACAUAUUGAUCUACAGUUUAAAGGGAGAGUUUAUACCACCUGUAGAUACAUAUUCGGAUUAGCAGUGGUUUGAGCAUAGAUAUUUCUAAAAGGGAAAUAACUGUUGUCUGUAGUUUGAAAUGCAGAGUUUUUAAAAAGACACUUUGGGCAAAUAGGAAUGACAAAUUAAAUUUAGAAGAAGCAAUAUAACUGUGAGCAAACAUGUGGGGCCCUUGGAUCACUCAUUGUAAUGGUGCAUAUUCUUGGCAACCGACAUCUGUGGGGAGAAGGGGUAAUUUUACCCACCCUUCAGAUGUUUUCAAAAAUCUUAUCUGCACCUUCCUAGGGAAGCAUGCAAAGCACCAGUUUAUGAGUUUAAAAAGACCAGCGCCACCACCUUCCAGUGGACAUCCGCUUAAUUAGUGAUGAAGAAGAAGAAGAUGUUACGCCCAAAUUGUGGGCUGAUCUCAAAUAUGGUAUUUAUUAAAACAUACCUGCCAUAGUGAUAAACUCCUUAAUUCGACUACAGACCAUGUCAAAUAUAAUAAGCCACACGAACAGGACACCAUAUAAGGAAAGGAGUAAUUGUGACAUGUUCCCAUAGUUCCACACAUUACUCCCGUGGUUAAAAGGUUUAAAUGUUUCUUUAAGUAGACCAGAAUUGAAAAUAAAUAAAUGUAAUGAAUUAUGAAAUACAUUGCAGAGUUACACGGAUCCUAAUAAUGUUUUGAAGAUAAUAGUUAUGUGCACACGUUUCUGAAAUAGAUCUAUUAGAGAUUUUAAUAUAGAUUAGGUGUUAAUAAACUGCAGUAGUAGUACUAUGAGGAAAUAUGGGAAGCAGCUGUCCAAAUGAAAAGUUAGAUCCAUCUUGAAAAUUAUAGUUGUAAUUCUGAAGAAAUAAAUGAUGGCACUCAGCAUAUGUCAGGCUUUUGUAGACAAAGGAUACCUGCCUAUGCUGAGAUAUUCAGUCUCUGCAGAGCAUGACAAAUGACCAAAAGACUGAGACCAAAUGACCUUUGACCCCGACUGACAGUGCUACUUGACAAAAGCACUGUCAAUGACUGACUAUGGGGUGAACCUGACCGAACCUGACUUGACAACCAGACAGUAUGAGUGUGAAUGUAUGUCUACAUGUGAUCAGUCUAACUGCAUGAUUCUAAAACAAUAACUAACUAAGCAUGUUUUGGACUAACACAUGAUUUUGGGGCUUUGUGGGAAACGAGAGGAUUCCUAAAGUCCACGAGCUGGAAAACCGCACAUAUGCAAUUUACUUCCACCGGAGGUGGAAAUUCAAAAGUGUGGGGCUCAAACUAAAUCUCAAGAUUCUGUUUUAUUUUAGGACUGGUUGAAGGAGAGAAACACGCCUUCUCACUGAAGUGUUUAUUGUGGAAAUAAUAAUGGAGUUUUUUUUUUUUUUACACAUAUGUUGAUGUGUAAAAGGGGGGAGUAGCCAAUAAUGUCAACAUGGCUGCUCAUAUAAGCUCAUACAACUAACAAUUCACAAUUUAAAUUUUUCAUUUAAGUUCAAACUGACCAUUGGAUGAUGGAUUUUAAAUGGACGUGCUCCGUGUGUGAGGAUAAGAUACUGUUUGAUGAUUGUUGACAUGUUUUUAAAUAUUGAUUGAAUUAUAACAGGUAACGCAGAUGCAGAAGCAGUGGCUAAGGUGUUACUGUGAGACAUUUUAUGACAGUAUGUUGGAUUUCUGCAUUCGUUUUUAUGCUUGUUAAGAUCCAAGCACUGACAGGUAGAAGCAAUUUUGGCAGCAUGGUGCGAUUGGAGGGACUUCUGCAUACGAUCCAAGCGGUGACUGGGUCGUGGUGAAGGACUGCAAGAGACGCCAUUGGAGGAAGCCUCGGUGGACCGGGCCUUUCCAGGUUUUGCUGGUGACCAACUCAGCUGUGAAGGUUGCUGAGAGGACAACUUGGAUUCACGCCAGUCACUGCAGGAAGGCGCCACCCUUGGAGGAACAUAUUAUUCCGGAGGAUCCACAGGGCAAUUAAACUGAGCUUUGACGACAUCUUCGGCUACAAGGGAUUCGGAGCAUGGAGUCGAUAUGGAAGAAAUGGAGUCCAUUCAGGAGAAUGGGGAAUGGCACAAGAGAUGGCAUUUGCUGCCUAAUUAUCAUAAUCUGCAUCAUGUCAUGUUCUUUGCUAUUGUGGGCGGAGUCACACUAGGAAAAAAUAGACAUUGUUAAAACUAUGCCCAGUAGAAGCCUCACUGCAACAUCAGAAAAACAUGAUGAGCUACGGAGGCAGAAGAGGAAUGUAUAUGAUGGGAAGAAAUGGAAGCCUUGGGGAUUUGACUCUGACUCAAUAGGGGAUCCAGGCGAGGGGGAUAGGAACUCCUGGUAUUCUUUCCUGACUUAUCUUGCAAGACAGACAAGUUCGGGAAAUUCCUCCAUUCUGGCAAUACAGGGUCCCCCUGUGUCAUGGUCUGAGUUAUUUUCGCUUAGAUCCACUCCAUCAGUGUGUCUGCCAGAGAUUUUGGCAGUUGUACAUUAUUAUUCUAGUUUUGAUUGGGACUCUGAGGAUCUGAUGCAGGAGCGACACAGGUGCUCAAUGGAAACUCGGAGCUUUUGGAAAAUCAGGAAAAUGCAAGUGGACAGUGAAAUUCUAAACUGUAUUUUGUGGUAUUGUUCGAAUUUGCAACCCCAGCGUGAUCCCGAAAAUACUAUGCUAUCAGAACCAGUAGAAGCUCCUAUAACUCAUCCAAAUGCAUCAACCUUUCCUUGUGUAUGUAACAAUGGCACGGGCCAAAAGUGUUAGGUUUUUCAAGCUGUAUUCGACCAUUAGGUGGUUUGUCAAUGAAAGGUAGACAUGGCAAAUUGGGAAACACUAACUUGGUGAAUAUUACAUUCAGGAAUAAUAAGAUGAUUCAAGUAAAUGAUAUAUUGUAUACAAACAUGUCUUUAGGACUACCCUGAAUACAAAAUUCAUACUGGCUGUGUGGUGUAGAUGCGUACUAUUAUUUGCCUAAAAAUUGGAAUGGCUGUUGUCAACAUGUAAAUCUCACCAUUGCUAACUUAAUGUUUCUAACAGAAACGAAGAAUGACCAUGUAGGUCAGGGGUAUUCAACUACAAUUCAACGAGGUCCAGUUAGAGAAAAUGUCCCCAUGCAAAGGUCCGGAACAUCAAAAUGUCUAACUUGCUAUAUGAAUUAGUGUGAUAUAUAUUGA